AUGGCUUCGGAAAAGACCUCAGAGGAAUCCACGGCUGUUGAUGGUGGUGGUCCUAACCCGACGACUGAAACCUCGGCGCAAGAAGAAGAAGAAGAAGAAGAAGAAGAAGAAGCAUAUUCAGUAUUUGCCGCCCCGGUCCGGCGCGUCAUCACGAUCCUCCUGGGCGCCGCGACCCUCACGUCUCCGCUGACCGCGACCAUUUACCUCCCGCUCCUUCCGGUUCUCGCGGCGCAUUUCCACGUCUCCCUGCAGAGGGUCAACCUCACGAUAACCGUGUACAUCAUCUUCCAGGCCCUGGCGCCGGUGCUGCUGUCGACGUUUUCCGACACGCUGGGCCGGCGGCCCGUGGUUUUGGCGGCGUUUGCCAUCUUCGCGCUCGCGUCGCUGGGGCUGGCGCUCAAUCGCUCCAGCUACGCCGCGUUGCUCGUGCUCCGGGCGUUGCAGAGCCUCGGGUCCAGUGCGGUGCUCAGCAUAUGCUACGGCGUCGUGGCGGACGUGUGCGUGCCCAGCGAGAGGGGGAGGAUGCUGGGUCCGGUCAUGGCGGCGGCGAACUUGGGCACCGCCGUCGGUCCCGUCGUGGGCGGCUGGAUCGCGCUGAGCUCCGGCGGCGGUGUCUGGUGGGCUUUUUGGGCCCUGGUGAUUUUCGCAGUCGUCAUGCUCGCGGCCCUCGCGACGUUUCUGCCCGAGACGGCAAGGAAUGUGGUCGGCAAUGGUCGCGUCAGGGAUCAGGUGUGGAACCGGCCGCUGAUCAACCUGAACAAGAGGGUGGAUCUGGAAUCGGGUUCAAGUAAUAAUGACAGCAGCAACCACGCAGGGCUGCCGAAGAGGAGCGCGAAAUUCCGCAGCCCGCUGAGCUCGAUCCGGAUCAUGGUCUAUCCCGAUACGGCACUCAUCCUGUGGAUUGUGGGCUCUUUCUACGCCUUGUGGUACACUGUCCAGUCGUCCAUCCCUUCCACCUAUGGACGACACCCGUACAACUUCGACGAGCUGCAGAUCGGCCUUGCAUAUCUGCCUGGAUCGGCCGGGGUCGUCGUCUGCAUGUACAUCACCGGCAAGGCAAUGGACUACAACUACCGACUUGUCGCGAGGCAGACGGGCCUCGAGGUCGACAAGGUCAAGGGAGACGACCUUGCCAAAUUCCCGAUCGAAAGGGCUAGGGCCAGGGGUUGUAUUUGGCUCCUGCUCGCAAGUCUGGGCAUCACAAUUGGGUAUGGCUGGGCCAUCGAAGAGCAUGUCCACGUGGCCGUCCCAUUAAUGUUCCAGGCUGUGAUGGGAUUCCUGUCAACUUGGAUUGUCAACUGCUUCAACGCGCUCCUUGUGGACGGAUACCCCAAGAUGCCCAGCACUGCGGCUACAGCCGGCAAUCUGAUCCGGUGUGCCAUGAGCGCCGCCGCCGUGGCUGCCAUGCAGCCGUUGUUCGAUGCCAUGGGCCGAGGGUGGUUCUUUACUCUGGCCGGCGUCUUGAGUGGUGUCGGCGGAGCAGCAGCAGUUUCGGCAUUGAAUAGCAAGGGUAUGGCUUGGAGAAGCAGGAGGAGUGAAACACAAACACACGAUCAAGCGGCGACGGCUCAUGUCAGUCCUCAGCAGCACAGGGGAGAGAGUUCGGACGAGCCCACGACGUCGAUGGAAUUAAGGCAGUCUAAAAAGACAUAA